AUGAGAUUCUACUACCAAUAUUUCAUAAUGACCUUAGUUCUCGUAGUCUUGAUGAGUCAAUCACAGUGUAUUAAAGUAAAGGCAAAUAAGCAUAAUGCGGACCAAGACAAAGAAUUCAACAUUGAAAAUCGUUGUCUAAGUAAUAAAGCUAAUCUAUUCAUAAAGACUUGGAUCAAACAAUUUUAAAAUGCUUCUGAUUAGUUAAUCAUGACUUAGUUAAAAGAUGAGAAGAAACAUGUAAUCAAACAAACUAAUAAUUGA